CAUUAUCACACACACAUACCCAAAAAAUUUCUCCUCUUUUCUCUCUCUCUCUGUCUCAAAGUUAGUAGUAUCUUUAGCUUUGUGUUCUUCUGCCUUUCUUUUUGGUUGGUUCUCUGUGUGUUUCGUCAGUGUUAAGUCUGGAACCAGAGAUGGUGACGUCAGAUGAUUGGACGAAGUCAGCGAUGAGAGAUGGAGAAGUGGUGGCUGAGCUUCUUGUUAAGCUCAAGAAAGCCAAAGUGAGACCUGUUCUGUUCUCGUGUCCUACGCUCCGGUGGGGAAACCGGCAGCCACGGUCGAGAAAAGAAGUUGAAUCAGCGAGAUGUAGCCCGAGUACACCGCUCUCUUGGAGCGCUUCUUCUUCUCCAUCUGCUUACCUCGACGGUCACGAGGCCACCAUUGGCUCAUCACCCGUCGGAUCUAGAUCCAAGGUUCUUGUAACCGCAGACUUGGAUUUUGAUGUCAAAAGAUUGCAGAACAAAAGGUUCCCAGUUCUUGAAUUCUUGACCAUUCCUCUAUGUGAUUAAGAUCUUCUCUUUAUGAAUGUGUUUUCUUUUAUGAGCAGGACAUUGCAUUGCUCAGCGAACGAGGAGACAUCAAGAACAAGAACUUAAAGAGAAUGAAGUUGAACACACAAAUUUCUACGUCUCUCUCAGAAUGUAAUUUGGUAGAGAAUGAGGAUGGCAGUUUCCUGCUACCUGACUUGAAUUUAAUGCCAUGUGAGGAAGCAACACUAUAUGAUUAUAAGUAUUGUAAGGUGAAGGAUACUCACUUAAACCAUUAGAAACUGGUUUUAUCAGAGUGGACUCAUCUGAUCAUCUUUGGCUCAGCUUCAGAAAAGAGUCUGCCUCGCAGGAGCUCAAGAAAAAAUGGAAAAAGAUCUGCGUAUUCGUCCAUAUAUCACAGAUAAAAGAUCAUAAGCAGAUGUGUAGGAUAAAGAAAACAAAUAUUUUUUUGGUUUCUUUUGUAGUGUCAUUUUGUAAUGUUUGUCUAUAUUAGCACAAGGAGGAGUCAUUUUGUAAUGUUCUUUGAUGGCUCCUCGCUUAUAAAAUCCAAACAAACGAGCAACAUUGAAUUUAAAUGUCACUUUCGACAACCA